CCUUUUUUUUUUGUAUGAAAAGUUUAUUUCCUUUUUAUCCAGUAAAGGAAAGAACUUUUAUUUGACCAAAAAAGAAAAAAGACAGAACUUUAUAAAAUCCAAGACAGAGCGAGAGAGAAGCAUUACAACGGUCUCGAAAAUGCCUAAGCAAGUGAUUAAAUCGGGAAGCCGACCACCGUGGGUUGGUUUAUCGGCGGCGGUAUGGCUAGAAAUCGCCGCCGGAAACGCUUACAACUUCCCAUUAUACUCUCAUGCUCUGAAAUCGGUGUUGGGUUACAAUCAGCAACAGCUCACGAUGCUUGGAGUUGCCAAUGAUGUCGGAGAGAGCGUCGCUUUGCUUCCUGGUUACGCCUGUAGCAAGCUUCCUCCAUGGAUGGUCCUCUUUGUCGGUGCUUGUGCUUGCUUCUUUGGCUAUGGACUCAUUUGGCUUUCCGUUACUCAGACUCUUCCUGGUCUUCCCUUUUGGCUGUUGUGGAUUGCGCUUAUUGUGGCUACUAAUAGCAAUGCGUGGUUUGGGACAGCAGUUUUAGUGACGAACAUGAAGAAUUUCCCACUCAGUAGAGGAACUGUUGCCGGAAUUCUCAAAGGGUAUUCUGCAAUUGGUGGAGCCGUUUACACUGUCAUAUACAAUGUGUUUCUUGAUCAAUCCUCUACGAAAUUGCUGAUGUUCUUGUCCCUCGGAAUCCCUAGUAUCUGUUUUGCGAUGAUGUACUUCAUUAGACCAUGUGCUCCUGCUUCUGGAGAAGAUUCAUCUGAGCAUGUCCAUUUCGUUUUCACUCAAUCCAUGGCCUGUUUAGCUGCUGUCAUUGUUUUAAUCAUCACUGUGGUUGGCAAUUUGAUCCCAGUAAGCAGUAGCGUUACAUAUACACUGGUUGGUUUAGUGAUUGUUCUUCUGGUGUCUCCUCUUGCAAUUCCUGUCAAGAUGACAUUAUUCCGGAAAAAGUCCGUGAAGAAACCGAACCCUCUUGCCGAAUCUGCGGAAGGAGGAGAGAGUAAUCCAACCAACCCGUUGCUGAGACCCUCUUCGUCUCUUGGAAGUUUCAUUGAGAUGGAGGAGAAUGAUGCUUCAGAUAUACAGACCCUUUUAGCUGAGGGAGGAGGAGCGGUUCAGAAGAAGAGAGGACCGAGGAGAGGAGAGGAUUUUAGAAUGAGAGAAGCUUUGGUCAAAGCUGAUUUCUGGCUUCUAUGGUUUCUUUACUUCCUAGGUGUUGGCUCUGGUGUCACAGUUUUAAACAACUUGGCUCAGGUUGGGAUUGCAGUUGGUAUUGAUAACACAACAGUCCUCUUAUGCCUCUUUAGUUUCUUCAACUUUGUUGGCCGGCUUAGCUCAGGUGCUAUCUCAGAGCACUUUGUCAAGUCAAGAGCUAUGCCGAGAACCGUGUGGAUGACAUUAGCACAGUUUCUCAUGGUACUUGCUUUCAUUCUCUACGCUCUCUCUUCAACCGCCACUCUCUAUCCGGCAACCGCGCUUCUAGGCACAUGCUACGGGUUUCAGUACGCACUCAUGGUUCCUACAGCAUCUGAGCUCUUUGGACUCGAGCAUUUUGGCAUCAUCUACAGUUUCAUGAUUCUAGGAAACCCAAUUGGUGCAGUUCUCUUAUCCGGUUUACUAGCUGGUCGUUUGUAUGAUGCUGAGGCUAUUAAACAAGGAAGCUCGACUUGUUACGGACCAGAGUGUUUCAAGCUGACUUUCGUGAUCCUAUCUAGCGUCUGUGGGGUUGCAGCGAUUCUCGGCGUGAUUCUAUCUAUUAGGAUAAGACCGGUUUAUCAAUCUCUAUACGGCUCAAGAUUUUACCGGCUACCUCAAGAGUAAGUAAGAUCACUAAAGCAGGCUUAAUGUCAUGGACUCAUGGUUAUAUGUGUAAGCAGACUUUUAAUAUGUAAAGCGGUAAGUAAAAGCUGUAAAGAAGUAUUGACUGGAACAGAGACUUAGGCCAAAAGCAAAGACUGAAGAGACAGACUCA